UUCGUGGAGGGGCUGUACGUGGCGGUGGAGCGGUGCCCGCUGUGCAACACCACCCGCCGGCGGCUGACCUGCGCCAAGUGCGUCCAGAACGGCGACUUCGUCUACUUCGACGGCCGCGACCGUGAGAGGUUUAUAGACAAGAAGGAACGGUUAAGCCAACUUAAGAGCAAACAGGAAGAAUUUCAAAAAGAAGUGUUAAAAGCUAUGGAAGGAAAAUGGAUAACAGAUCAGUUGAGAUGGAAAAUAAUGUCCUGCAAGAUGAGGAUUGAACAGCUGAAACAAACAAUAUGCAAAGGAAAUGAAGAAAUGAAGAAAAAUUCUGAAGGCCUUCUCAAAACCAAGGAAAAGAAUCAGAAGCUUUAUACUCGAGCACAACGGCAUCAAGAGAAAAAGGAGAAGAUUCAGAGGCAUAACCGCAAACUUGGGGACCUAGUAGAAAAAAAGACCAUCGACUUAAAAAGUCAUUAUGAGCGUCUGGCAGAUCUUCGGCGGUCUCAUAUAUUAGAGCUCACCUCUGUCAUCUUCCCAAUUGAGGAAGUGAAGACUGGUGCGAGAGAUCCCGCGGAUGUGUCUUCAGAGAGUGACAGUGCCAUGACCUCCAGCACCGUGAGCAAGCUUGCCGAAGCCCGGAGGACGACUUACCACUCAGGGAGAUGGGUCUGUGACGACCACAAUGGGGACACCAGCAUCAGCAUCACAGGGCCUUGGAUUAGCCUUCCCAACAACGGGGACUACUCUGCCUACUACAAUUGGGUGGAAGAGAAGAAAACCACGCAGGGGCCUGACAUGGAGCAUAACAACCCUGCUUACACCAUCAGCGCUGCGCUGUGCUAUGCGACUCAGCUGGCCAACAUUUUGUCUCAUAUACUCGACAUAAAUCUUCCCAAAAAGCUGUGCAACAGUGAAUUUUGUGGGGAAAAUCUCAGCAGACAGAAAUUUACUCGAGCAGUAAAGAAACUGAAUGCAAAUAUUCUUUACUUGUGCUUUUCUCAGCAUGUAAAUUUAGACCAAUUACAACCACUGCAUACCCUCAGGAAUCUAAUGUACCUGGUCAGCCCGAAUUCUGAACACCUAGGCAGGUCGGGACCCUUUGAAGUGCGCGCAGACCUCGAGGAGUCCAUGGAAUUUGUGGAUCCCGGAGUUGCUGGAGAAUCAGAUGAGAGUGGAGACGAGCACAUAAGUGAUGAGGAAACCGACUUGGGCACAGAUUGGGAGAACUUGCCAAGCCCCCGGUUUUGUGACAUCCCUUCCCAGCCCGUGGAAGUCUCGCAGAGCCAGAGCACCCAGGCCUCCCCGCCCAUCGCCAGCAGCAGUGCGGGCGGGAUGAUCUCCUCCGCUGCAGCCUCGGUGACCUCCUGGUUUAAAGCUUACACUGGACACCGUUAACGAGCAUGGAUCACAAUGUGCCAGAUUUGCAUCAGGAAAGUAAACUAGUAAACUAUGUAUUUAGGCCAGAGGACCCAGACCCGGCCGACAUGUUGGUCCUCGUGAUGCUGAUCACAGGCCAGAGGACCCGGACCCGGCUGACAUGUUGGUCCUCGUGAUGCUGAGACUAUUCCUGUCACUUUAUGUUGUAGAGAUUGAAUCUCAAGGAACUGAUUCUUGAUGAUUAGGACUUGAAAGAUAAAAAACUGUUUAAUAUGAGUUCGUUUUUAUGCGAUCAUUUUUGUACAGAAAACCAGCAGGCAAUUUGAGAUACUCGAUUUCUUUAUAAUUUGGUCACGUUUGGUUUUUAGGUCAAGGAUUUUGGUUUUGUUUGGAAGGGUGGUGUUUAUUUUUGGGGGGGAAGGGGGACGGGGAGUAAUUUAAACAUUAUUUCACUUGUGCUGCUCUGUCGUAGCUCAUCAGACAUUCCUGUUUUUCUUUCUCCCCACACACCAAAGAAACUAAGCUCUUUUCUUUAGGACCCACAUCCAUGAACAGAAGAAAUUCUAGCUGCAAUAAUGUCCUAGAGAUUGUAAACCUAUUUUCUUAUAUUCUGAGUGGAAUUUAGUUCAUUCUUACCUAGAUUAUUGAAUUCCUACCAUCUACACUAUGUGCAGUUUGAAAUGAAACUUAUUUUCUAUGAGUGAAAGAUUAAGUCAUUAAGGUUGUUUGCUAAUGAGGUUACUAGUAAAAGCCACUUUUAAUUAAGUGGCCUUUAGUAGUCUUCUGGUGUCCAAUUUGUUUCUAAGGGAUAUAGUAGGUGGCAGGUUUUUCCAGGGAAAGCUAUCCUGCCUGUUUCCUAGAAGUCUUUGUUGCUCUAAGGACACUACCUUCCUCAGAAAUGCAGAGGAAAUCAUAGCUGGUACUCCUCCUGUCUCCUAGGGGAAGCUCCAGGGAAGGAUGUUUCCUCACCAAGAGACCAUUUUCAGCUCGUUUCUUGUCAUUCUCUAGUGACAAUCUUUUAAGAAAACCAUAGAGAGGCAUUAUGUACAAAUAUGUAAGUAGUUUAUUUUUAAUAACUGCAAAAAAAAAUCCUAUGUAACUACAAAAAGAAAUCCUAUGAAAAAUUCCUAACAGGCAUUAUUACCAUAUCUUGUUAGUGUGAUUAGCAUGAUAGUACCUCAGAUAAAUCACUUGGGGGUUUGCCCUGCCCUAGCUUCUUUUCUCGUUGUAAUUAUUAGAGAUGAUCUUUGCCUCCAACCCGAGGUGCUAUAUAGCUUUUGCUAUUGGUAUAUUUAGUGUUUGGCAGAGUUUGGGGUAGAGUUGCAGAAGGGUUGUUUAUUCCUACCCAGGAGUCCCAAGUUCCCUGAGUAUGAAUUUGCCACUUUAGGAGGAAACAGGCUCUGUUUUAACUGCUCAGCUUUAUGUUGCUGGGCUUGUGUUGUACCAUCCAGGCCUGUAAUUCGUAGAGUUAAGAAACACCAAGUGAACUUAAAAUCCCAUGAGGUAAGACUUACCAGGUACUUCCAACCCUCAAAAAGAAGAGCUUAGUCUCAAGAGUUGAAAGACUGGGAUUUGGGGCUUGAGGGUAGAGCUUGACUUCAGCUGAAAGAUGCACAAUAGUCACGGUUGUUCUCAAAUAAGCCUCUUGGAAACCAUGAAUGUGAGAUGAAGCUUAAGAACAGAAUCCAGAGAUCACAAACUCAUAACUGGAGUAAUUCAACAAACCGUGCAAGGAUAUGGGAGAUGUAGGGAUUGAUAGGGUAUAUUUUGUUGUUGUUAUCAACUAGAGGCACUUUACUUAGGGUUAAAAUGAUCAAACCCUUUAGUGGUUAUGAACACCAACAUACUGGCUUACACUGCUGAGGUAUUUUGGUUUUCAUUAUUUUGCACUGGAUCCACCCUGUAAAUAUUCUUAAGUAUACAUUUCAACCACUGUUUUUUCUAUUCUUUUUGCUGCUCAUUAAAUUCUUUCAUGUAGGUUCCAGAACCAUAUGUAAACAGCUUUUUAAAAAAUUGAAGCUGGUUUUUAUUUUUAAACAAAAAGCCAUAGACCUUGGUCCUUUAUUCCACAUUAAAAUGAUUUGUUGAAACAAAAUAAUACUAAUAAAAAUCCAGAGGCACCAAUAGGCCACUUAAAAUGGUUUGCUAAAGACUUUUUUGUAAUGGAGUCCGACUAAGAAAAGUUUUGCACAUCUGUAAGUUAAGACAAAAAACAUGUCAGCAUUGGGUCUAGCAGACAGGAUACAUUUAAGGAUUCGUGUGUUGGUAAUUUGGAAAAAAGCAUUUGGUGGCAUGCUGUUAAAAGAACUACAGUGUCUGGGAAUCUCUUCCGUGGUGUCAUGUUGCAGGAAUUUCCCAUUGCUCUGCAACUUCCAAACCAGAUUGAGUCAUACAAAUGUUUUCUAAACUUUUAUUGUAUUAUUACAAUAAACCUUUUACCAGUA